GCACAGGAGGUACCGAAAGUCUGCCUUCGGUGGUUCCGUACGCAAAGCAUGCCUAGACGAACGGGAGAAUAUUCGCACAGUUACUAAGGCACCGCUGUAUGUUCGUCUGUACGCCGGGCAGUAUGUUACGAACGGUGUUAGGUUAAAAUUUUCAACUUAACACCGUUCUCUGCUCUUAUAUAUUUAUGUCAACGCUAGAUAACAACAAAUAGUGAAUAUAAAAAUGAAAGUUAAGCAACUGUGACCAUGUCUUUUCAAUUGCACAUUGUGUACUUUAUAGUUCAAGUUUCUUGGAUACGAAUACCUAUGUAUACUUCUUUUUAAUUUUAACAAAGAUUACAAUAUAAAUUUAUACAACAGUUUAGUUCUACCAAUGGUAGUUUAACUUAAUACUUAUAAUAAGAUUAGUUUGUGUAGCACUGAGCACAGGCCUCUUUUCAUAUGGAAGGUUUUGAGCAUUUAUGAGCACGCCAGCUUAUUGUGUCUAGGCGAUUAUAGAAACUUGGUUUACCGUUUGUCAGUGCUCUCUUAGAAUAAUUAAGGAAGUACAUCCGGCUGACUAAACAGUGACUAACUCAAUACAUCAUCAUCAACUCAUCAUCAUCUUAUAAAUACAUAUGAAUAGUCAUCAGUCUGCAUGGAACACAAGGGCCCGCUGUAUAUUUCACGUCGCGUUACCGAGGGUUGUGUGUGGGCACGCUGGUGUCACGAAUGGCUGUGCUGACGGCGGCUGUGUGCGUCACCAACCCGGCGGCCGCCAUCCGAGACACGAGACCGAUCAAUGUUGUCACCGGGACCAUGUACAGACAUCCCCGGCGAGGAAUACGAGUGCAAGUCACUAAGAUUCUUGUGCCAAACUUAAACAAAAUCCAUACAGAUAAUAGAGGAUAUUUGAUGUCAAAGUCGACUGCGAUUUUGCUUCUGAAACGGAAGGUCCCCGACGUGCUAACGGAAAUACCGCUUCGGCCCAUAGACAUAGAUUUUAAAGGCGAGGAGGUUCUGACGCUACAAGAGGAGUGUUUCAUCCCGGGCUGGCACUUCUUCUACAGAGGGGACAAAAUAUAUCCUAUACACAAAUUCCUUCUGCAAAGAAACUUAAGAGUACAAUUCAUGAAUAUCGUGAAGAAGAACCUUUGGUGCGAAGCCUUGACAAUUAAAUUCCAAAAAGCUCUGAGCAACUUGGGAUUCCUCGGGUUAUUCGACAAAGGAGCUUGCAUCUGCCUCAGAGAUCCCGACCGAACAGCGCAGCCGUGUCACGGUAUGUAUGGAGCGCCUCUGGUCUGUCGCGGGAGGGCUGUCGGCAUGUUGAUGGCUCCAGACGCACAAUGGACCAACUGCACAGGAUUCAGUAGCCUCAUUCACAUUUUCUCAAGUCGUUAUCUCUCCAGCUUUAUGGACUGCGUAAGCAGCCUCUUUGAAGUGGAAGAAAAAAUAGACUGGGCUACGAUGAAGAAACGGCUGUAUGACGAACACGAAAGUGAGGAGUACGACUACAUGUCAGCCAUGUACGACAAGAUCACGGAACACGCUGGCUCCAGCGACGAAUUCUGAAGUCAAACAAAAUGUGUAUAUAUCCUUAUUUAUUUAUCACAUCCCUAUUUUCCCGCCACAUUGUGAAAAACUUUUCGUUUGUUUGAUAUUAUAAUGGACGAGUUGUUUUUUUACAUGAUAUUGAAAAUUAUUAAUUCUGAAAUUUUUAAUGUCCUAUAUAUUUAGAGUGAGAGUUUGAUACAUACAAUUUUACUCUUAAUUUAAAUUUCUUAAUUUCUUUAUCAUUUCGCUUAACCAUGAUUGUAGUAAUUUAUAAAAUCUUCUCUUCCCUAAAUAUUAGGCUAGAACUAAUUAGCACUUACAAAGUACACAUCUAUGCGUUUAAUAUACUCGUACAUCAGCCCGACAAAUCUUAUUCCUUAAAUUUCUAUAUCUAUUCCUUAUGCUUACUCUUAUAAUACGUCCAUCCUUCUUGUUUGCAUUUUUAUCCCGACUUUUUAAUCUCUUUUGUUAUUUUCUAUUUAUAUUAUUAUGUGUCGCGCAUUAAAUCAAGCAACCCAAAAAUAAGCAGAAAGUCCUAUAUCCUACAAAUCGAAAUGUCGUCGAUUUCAUAGUCAAUUUAACAAGAAGUCUGGAUUCUAGUUAUGAUAGAAAAAAAACAUGUUUACGCAGACAUAGUAUGUGCGGAACUAUCCAAUAACUCACUAAUCAUUCUUUACACGCGAUUGAAGAAUUUGAUUUGCUUUUAAACUACCUAACUGACAAAAUCUAAACGUGACGCCAUAUAAGCCAUAUUGCAGUAACGGACUUCGGUUGUAUUGACGUCGAGUUACCUGCUAGUCGCGCCUAAAGAAGAUUUAUCCAAAAAUAUUUUUGGACUCUGACUUUUGCAUAAUUUUCUUAUGCUUUAUUUUACUUCCUAGCUGUCGUUCCUCAUCUUUUAAGUUAUUUUCUUUCACAAAUGUAAUGCUGAUCAUAAAGUAAACUCUAAAAUCAAUUGGUAAGAUCCAAUUUUAAACAACACUAUAUUAAGGCUUAGCGUAGUUCUUAUGUUUUUUGUCGUACCUACACAAAUCAUGAUGGAAGCAUGGUGGGGAGUUAUCGAGAUCGCUUACCUAUUUGACAUCUGAUCUAAAAUAAUAAAGAACAUUUAUAGUGCGUUAUUGUCAACUGACGGGAUUUUUUUAAUAAAUUUCUAUAUGUUUA